CCGGGCCGAGGCGGCGGCGGCGGGCGGGCAGGCGGAGCUGCUGGCCGGAGGGAGCGGAGACUACACCGACUACUCUCUUUAAGUUUGGAAGAAAUGGCGGCUCCGUACCUUGAGUGCCGCUGUUUGUGGAUCCUGCUGAAUAACAUGUGAAAUUGGGACAGUCCCAGGCACACACUGGUCUCGUCCCGGGACGCGCACUUACUUUUCUAGUUGACCCCCCCCCCCCCCCCCGCCCCAGUUUACCGAGCUGUGAUCUCUUUAAAAUGGCCGAGGAACAUGAGCUGAUCAGCGCGUCCGAGUUCACCAAAGAUCGUUUGUAUUUUGCAACUCUGAGGAACAAGCCCAAAAGCACCGUCAAUACUCAUUACUUCUGCACGGACGAAGAACUCAUUUAUGAAAAUUUUUAUGCAGAUUUUGGACCACUCAACUUGGCCCAACUGUAUCGAUAUUGCUGCAAGCUUAACAAGAAAUUGAAAUCAUUUACUUUGUCAAGAAAGAAGAUUGUCCACUAUACCAGCUUUGAUCAACGAAAACGAGCUAAUGCGGCAUACCUAAUUGGUGCUUAUUCAGUCAUUUUCCUUCAAAAAACACCAGAAGAGGCCUACAGAUCUCUUGUAGCAGGAAAGAAUCCUCCUUAUGUGCCAUUCAGAGAUGCUUCCUUUGGAAAUUCCACCUACCAUCUAACCAUUCUAGAUUGCUUACAUGCAAUCAAUCAGGCCUUGCAUCAUGGCUUUCUUAAUUUUGAAAAAUUUGAUGUGGAUGAAUAUGAGCACUAUGAGCGUGUUGAAAACGGUGAUAUUAACUGGAUUAUCAGUGGCAAAUUCUUGGCCUUCAGUGGACCGCAUCCAAAAAGCAAAGUUGAAAAUGGUUAUCCUCUCCAUGCACCAGAAGCAUACUUUCCAUACUUCAGGAAACAUGGUGUUACCACAAUCAUAAGGCUUAACAAGAAAAUCUAUGACGCUAAACGCUUUACAGACGCUGGGUUUGAACACUAUGACCUCUUCUUUGUCGAUGGCAGUACACCAAGUGAUUCCAUUGUGAAAAGGUUUUUAACAAUAUGCGAGAAUGAGGAAGGUGCUAUUGCUGUACAUUGCAAAGCUGGUUUAGGAAGAACAGGCACGUUAAUAGCCUGUUACAUAAUGAAACACUACAGAUUCACUGCAGCAGAAGCCAUAGGAUGGAUCAGAAUAUGCCGACCAGGUUCCAUAAUUGGUCCACAGCAGCACUUCUUGGAGGAGAAACAAGGUCACAUGUGGCUUGAAGGUGAUAUUUACAGGUCUCUGAAAAAACGACGUUCUAUGGAUAGAGAAUGCACUGGGUUAACACGGAUCAUAUCUGGCAUUGAUGGUCUCACUGUUGGUGGAAAUAUGAAGGUGCAUUCCGUAGACAAGGCUGUCGAGAACAAUUAUGCUGAAAAUGGAAGCUCACCAACAGCAAAUUAUAUGACUCAGGGAGAUAAACUUCGUGCCUUAAAAAGUAGGAGACAACCACGAUCAGCAACAACUGGAACAUUAAGGUUAGAAGAUAUGAAAAUUCAUUCAAGAUCGCCAUCGCAACCCUUCAGGAUCAAUUAUUUAAGUGCUGGGCAAGGAUCAAUGUCACCUCUGAAAUCAUCAAAGAUCUCAAUUGCUUCUGCAAGUCCGAGGAGAAUUAACAGAAGCCCUUCGCCCUUAAACAGUAAUAACAAAAGCUUCUCCAUAAACUCCAGGCUAGGCAGUUCACUAGGGAAUCUGUAUGCUGCCCCUGAUGAACCUGACAACUUCAUGACAUCAACUCCUAGGCAAAGUUUUGCAGCUGGUUAUUCCACCAACCAGCCGUAUAACAACUCGCAGAUUCCUGCGAGAUUGUACCAAGAACUGAAUAACAACAACUACUGCAGCAAAUCCUACAGUGGUACUUCCUGCAUUGUCCCCAUCAAUCCUUGUUCCCGUCCGAAGGAUGAUUACAUCUGUAGAACCACCUACGGUGGCCUCAGUCCUGGCACCAUGCGAUACCUAAGUCGCUCGCAUCCCUCACUUCAGUCUGAAUAUGUUCAGUACUAAAGCAUCACUACGCUGAAAAUGGAAAAUAUUGUGGCUGAAAAGCAAGGAAACUGAACUGAAGACUAACCUUCUUGGGCUAGAAACUAGGGAACCUUUAUUUUAAGAAUUUGUAAAGGGUCAGAAAUUGCUGCAUUGCACCAGCAAUACUUUGGAAAUGACUUUUCAUGACUGCAUCAAGUAUUGGGAGCUGAUAAAUCAGUAUUGCUGAACUAUAAGAUUCCAGUCAAUGAUCAAUUCUCCUUUUAGCUGCACUGUUAUAAACAGUAAUUUAACUAACAUGAGCUGACGAGUGAAGCUUGACAGCUGAAUGGCUGCAAAUAAGACUAGACUUUGGGUUCUUGAAAGCAUCCUGCAAGAUCCUAAAUACAAAUAAAACCUAGGAAUAUAAUAAACCUCCAAAGCUUAUGUAACACCGAAUGAACCAUAACAAGGUGCAUUAUAGCAAUGAGAAUGUAGAAGAUGAUCCUGUACUUCUUCCAUAGCCUUAAACAACAACCCAGUUGCAGUAGUGGUGGAUGCAGUCUUAAGACAUAAGGUUUUACAGUCUUAAGACAUAACAAUCUUUGCUUUCCAGUGUUUGCUGCCACUUGCACUUUGCGGCACUCACGUUGCACAAUAUAGCUAUUUGUAGCCAUGCUGCGUAAGGGAGCAUUUUACGUCAUAUGGUGCUCUGUAGCAGCAGAAGAACAGAGAUCAAUUUAAUGUCGUUUUAAGUGUGCACACGUCUAUUGUCCAGUCAGCUACAAUAUCAGUGAGUCACAAUGAUCAGAGGCAUUAUGGAAGAAAGGAUAAAGUGUAGAAGUGAAAAUUAAAUCUGAACAUAAACCAUGCUCCCAAAUUAGAUGGACAGAAAUUAUAUUGAAAGUUUAAUCUUCAAUUAGAAUAAAACACAACUUACAACAAUAAACAGAUUUCUGAUAUUAGAUUUUAUUUACAGAAAUUAUUUUUUUUAAAGAAGCUGAUUAUACAAUUCAGUCCUAUUUUGAAUUGUGCACUUAAAAUUCACUUAAGAUGUGUGUAAAUGUACAGUUACAAACUUUUAAUGUAAGGUGUAAAAUAUGACACCUGCAUGGAAAGUGAAAUUAGAUUUAUUUUUUGGUUCAAAGGUCUGUUUUAUAAAAUUCUUACCUUUUUUUCCCACUUUGAUAGUUUAUGUAUAUUAUAUAUGUGGUAUUUUAAAUAAAAAAUAUUGGACUUGGUCUGUUCUUUCCAGAUGAUCUAUUGUAUUGUCAUUGUUUAAGUAAACAUUACAUUUAGCUAACAACAAAGUAAAUCAAAAGUAAUUUCUUUAUUUCUCCCUUUCUGAUCCGUAUAGUUCAAAAUAUGAAAUAUUUUGGACAGGUUAUGUCCAUAUUUGGGAAAAUAUUUUUAGCUUGUACAAAUGACUAAUUGAUAAAGUGGUGAGGCAACUUGGAAAGAUACCUAAAAAAAACUUUUGUUUAAACAACAUGGUUGAGAGAUGUAUUGUGGAUGCGAGCAGCUAGGUAUUCAAAGUAAAGCCUUUGAUUUUUAAAUAUGUGUUUUAAAGAAAAUUUUAAAUCAACUUAAGCAAAACCUUGUUUGUGGUGUUGUAUAAAAAAACUAUUUUAAUAUGGCUGUAAAAUCAUUGUGAAAUGUUUGUUUGUGAUAUACUUUCUCAUUGUAAUCUGGAAUUUCUGUUUGAAAUAAUGGUUGUAUAUUUUAACAAUAUGUAGGCAGCGGAAAUGUAUUGUCAAGAUUCUACCUCUUGAAAAGAUAUUUGAUAGAGAGCUUGAAGCUCUUGUGUUUUCCAUGUUCGGCAUGAGGUUUUAAAUUUUUUAUGCUAAUUUUCUUAACCAUAGGCCAGUAUUUUUUUAAAGUACCCAAUUAAAGUUGCAAUUUAAAUAAGUAA